CACACACACACACACACACACACACACACACACACACACACACACACACACACACAGACAGAGACAGAGAGUGAGCCAGUUGCAGUCGAUGAUGUUCCAGUCUGUCAGGUGUGUGUGACAUCAUGUCCGACUUGUGGCCAUUUCCCUCUUCGUGCUCUCCUCCCAUCAUGCAUCACUCCUCUCCUCCCAUCAUGCAUCACUCCUCCCACCCCCAGCCUCCUCCCCCCCUCUCCUCCCCUCAUCUCCUCCCCCGUCCUCAGGUAUCGUCCCCUCACAUCCCAUUUCUGUCCUCCCAGAAACACUUCUCUUAUCCACACGUUACCCCCCCUCCCUCUGUACCCCAGACCCAGCUACCUACCCCCCAAAAUCUCCCUAAUACCCCGGUAAACUCCCCCCAAAAUCUCCCUAAUACCCCGGCAAACUGCCCCCACUCUGUACCCCAAAACCAGCUAUCGUCCUGUCAGAACUUUCCUUCUUCUCCGCUUAACUCUGCCCUUAUCUUCCCUCCUCCCCAGGACAGAUCCCCCCAUUUCUCUCCUCCCCAAGGCCCCUUUUAUAAUCUCUCUUAUCCACACUUUACCCCCCCUCCCUCAGUACCCCAGACCCAGCUACCUACCCUGCAAAAUCUCCCUAAUACCCCAGUAAACUCACCCCAAAACCUACGUUAUACGCCAGUAAACUCACCCCAAAACCUACGUUAUACCCACGUAAACUCACCCCAAAAUGUCCGGUAUAGCCCGGUAAACUCAUCUCUAGACUUCCCUUCCCCCCAGCUGUCCCCCCCUCCCCUCCUCUCUCCAUCUCAGCACCAGCUCUGCUUCCAAAAUCCCAACCCGACUUCAGAUAAUCCAGACUGGAUCAGAUCUGAACUGCCCUACAGUUACUCCUACCAGAACCAGACCAUUGUCCACCUGGAUGUCCAGAACCAGAACCAGUUCAGCACCGGUGUGAGUCACCAUGGAGACGAAAUGGAGAACACACACCACCACACACACCUGGCCAACAACCACCACACACACCUGGCCAACAACCACCACACACACCAGGCCAACAACCACCACACACACCUUACCAGCGGUGUGUACGGACAAGACCAGGGCGCGUGGCGGCCGACUCUGUCCCAGCUACGGUGCUCUCCGCUGGGCUCCGGCACCGGCAACGUUACCCCGGGCUGCUGGAGCUCCGCGGACUUCAACAACCAAUCGCCUGCCGAAGAUUUCUCCGGCUCGCAGUUCUUCUUCCACGACAGUUACCAUGACAACUACGCCUCGCAGCAGCCCUUCUGCAGCCCGACCACGCCCGGCCCGAGUCCUCAUUACCCACAAACCCCGGCGGUCUGCAGCCCCGGCUCUCAGAUGCAUCCCAGUCAAGAGAGAAUGGAGUUUCCCGCUCAACCGUCCAGGCAAACGCUCAGCUGCUGUUUCCACGACUACGACGGUUACCCGGUGACCUCUGACCCGGCUCAGACAACCAAUCAGGGCCAGGAUGUCACCGGCGCUGCCCGAGCUCCAAGCCUCGCCGCCGGGCCGAGCCUGAGAGACGAGAGCGGAGGAGGAGAAGAUACACAGAAAGAAUUCAAAAUGAAACAACCUGAAAACAUCUCGAGGCUGCUGUGUACCGUGUGUAAGCGUGACUUCAGGAGUCUUCCAGCGUUAAACGGUCACAUGCGUUGCCACAGCGCAUCCAGACCUGCCACAUGUUUGAACAAGAGUGAAGACUCUUCUGCACCGGUCCAACCGUGCGUCUCCAUAGUGAUGCCCGUCUCCGUGCCCGUCCAAUCCAGAGGCCGGCCCAAGGCGUGCAGGGGGGGGCAGAAGAGAUGCAGUCGCCCCUCUCCAGCCACCGGAGGCGCUGUGCUGCUCUACCGCAGCCUGCUGCACCCAGAAGAAGAGGAAGCAAGGGAUGGAGUGGUUGCCGGGAUACACUACACCCCCCCACCCAUGCUUUGCCCCCUGAGGGCGGGGCCAGGGCUGUACUGCUCCCUCGCCACUGGGAGGCAGCAGAGAGUGCAGACUGUGCAGCUUCACAACGCACACGAUGGAUUUAAUGAUGGUGUUGCCAUGGAGACAGCCUCCCCUCCCUCCGAGACACUCACCAACAAGCCGCGGAUCAAUGAGGGGCGGGACUUCCAGGCUGAAAUCCCGGCUCUACGAGACCGGAAACACGCGGCCUCCGACUCCCACAAUGCACUGCUUGUGUGGACGCAGUGGGAUGAGCUGGAGCGGCCUGUCAAUCAACACAGAGUUGAAGCUCUGUUGACGAUGGCUCGCUCCAGCGUGCUGCCAGGGGGCGGGACCAGCCCAGAGACUGCCCUCCACAUCCUAUCAGAGUUCAGAGGGGACUUCCUGCUGACGGUGGAGAAGCUGCUGACCCCCCAAACCUCCAAAAACAGCUCAGCCCCCCAGUCUCUCAGGGAGAAGUGGAGCGCAGCAGAGAAGAGGUUGCUGGUUAAAUCCCUGCAGCUGCAUCACAAAGACUUCAGCAGAAUCCAGAGAAACGUCCAGACUAAGUCUCUCUCUCAAUGUGUGGAGUUCUAUUAUCUGUGGAAGAAGAAGCUGAGUCUGAGUGCGAGGACCCCGGCCAGGCUGACCGUCACGCUGCCCGAGACAGACGGUCGAAGGUCGUCCAGAUCUCCUGAUGCAUCCUGAACAUCUGCUGGAGUAACACACUACUAACAACACAAAGAUAGACUGUACAUGUUAGUUGUAAAGAAAAGCCACAAAAACGUCAAUAAAAGAGACAAAACAAACACGCUUAAA